AAUGUGUUCUUCUGCCUCUGGCUCUCGUGUCUCCAUGCUGUAGGUUGGCGUGUGGUGAAGCACUGCAAUACAAAUCUACAACGUGGCGAAUGCAAAGAAUGUGAGGCUGAGACGUACAGCAGUUACCAUAAUGACCAGACGUCCUGUGAGCCCUGCACAUCCUGCUCACACCCCAAUGCUAAUCUAGAAGUUGUCGAACACUGCACUCCUGCCAGUGACGCAAAGUGUGGAUGUAAAAAGGAUCACUACUGUGUUACUGCCGAAGAAAGCUGUAAACUUUGCCACCCCUGUAAAACAUGUGACGGUCCUGAGAACAUCAAAGAACCGUGUACAGGCCACAGUAAUACAGUCUGCAAGGAAAUACGUGAAGGGGGAAAUACAGGCAGAAUUAUUGCUGUUGUAAUUAUUCCAGUAGUAGCAGCAGCAGCGGUGAUGGUUGGGGUGUUUAUUUGGAAAAAGAGAACAUUCAGCAGACAGAGGCAAGGCCAACUGCCAAAUGAUGUGGAGAUGCAGCUUCUUUAUGAUAAGGAUCUCCAGCCUUACCUACCUGACAUUGCAGAAGCGAUGGGAUGGAAGGAUAUGAAGUAUGUAGCAAUACGUAGCAAGAUACCAAUGACUGCUAUUGAGUCCUGUCAACUGGACCACCCUCAUGAUAGUAAGGAGCAGACUGUCAAACUACUGAUGAUCUGGGUGGAGAAACAGGGCUCGGAUGCAGCAAAGAACUUGCUUGAAAUCCUACAAAGAAGUGGCAAAAGGAGAAAGGCCGAGAAUGUGAAAGACAUAUUGAGUCGUGGUUAAUAGAUGAAAGCUUCCGGUUUGAAUGUGUCUAUUGUGAGCACUUUUUUAAAAAUGUUUGCAGUGCUGUCUAAUGUAUGAAUUGAACUGCUGAAUUGUAAACGUGUGAGUUAAGAUUUUUGAGGACUACAGCAAUCUACAGAGGAAAGACACGGAGGAAUCCACUACUGUCUGCUUCCCAGUGUAUGAAAUAAUGGUGUGAGAGGUUUUUUUCAAACCCCAAAUCCUGUGUUUACAUAAUGUUUGUGGAGAUAUGUGCCAUUUUUUGUGAUGAAUUGCGUGUGCCAUAGUUUAUAUAUUGUGCAAUAAAUUUGUAAAUAAGUGUCA